AAGCAUAUAAGGUGUGGAUAAAAUUUUAAAAUUUUAUAUUUAGUAUUAUCAGCGUAUAAAUUAUGUAUUUUCAGUACCCCAAAAAAUAUCCAACUGAACAUUGGGGUCAGUGUCAGCAUUUAUAUUUUUACCUUUCGUUUCAAUAAUAGAGGUGGUUGACACCACAGGUGGACCAGGUGAUCACCAUUAAUGGGGCUAUUGUAGACAACAUUUUCAACAAGAAAAAAAAAAUCUCAGACAAAAAGUUGCCGCUGUAUAAUACGACCCACCAGAGAUCACCGACAAAAAUCAAUGGAAAAAAUAGAGGUAGUUUUCAUCCCUGCACCAGCCAUCGGCCACCUCGUCUCGAAUGUUGAGUUUGCAAAGCGAUUGCGUGAUCAAGAUGAUCGUUUCUCAGUCACAGUCCUAAUUAUAGACCCAUUGCUGGAACCGAAGGUCCAAACAUACGUCCGAUUACUUGCGGCUUCUGAUGCUCGAAUACGAUUUAUCAAUUUUCCUCAAAUGGAAACUGAUCCAUUAAGCAAUACCAAAAGCCCAUAUAUAGUUGGAUUUGAAUUUUUGGAGAGUCACAAGUCGAACAUCAAAGAGUAUAUCAUUAAUCACGUUUUACCAAAUUAUGCUGUCUCUGCUGCCUUGUUUGUUGUUGAUGCAUUUGCCGCUCCUAUGAUUGAUGUGGCCAAUGAACUUAGCCUCCCUUCUUAUCUUUUCUACACUUCCGGUGCAGCCACUCUUGGAUUUAUGUUACACGUAGUUACUCGACAUGAUCAAGUUGGCAGGGUGUUUCAAGCUUCCGAUGGAGAGUUAGUUAUCCCAAGCUUUACAAACCCGGUUCCUUGUAAAGUUAUACCCUCGCUUUUUUUUGACGAGAAUGGUGGGUACAUUUACACCAAAAAUUCCAUGAGAAGAUUGAAAGAAACCAAGGGCAUAAUUGUUAACUCGUUCGAAGAGUUAGAACCUCAAGCGGUUAAGUCUCUGGUAGAGUAUGACAUACCACCCUUUUACUUGGUAGGGCCCGUACUUGAGCUUCGAGGUCAUAGUAGUUCGAUGUGUGAUGAGGUCCAAAAUGACGAGAUCAUGAAGUGGCUUGACAAUCAACCCCCAUCAACGGUGGUUUUCAUCUGUUUUGGAAGCGUGUAUUGCGUGGUGGAACCACAAGCCAUGGAGAUUGCACGGGGGCUCGAGCAAUGCGGGCAUAGAUUCUUGUGGUCACUGCCGAUACGAAGUCCAAGGAACCAGGGGUUGGGAAUUAGGCCCAGUAAUUGCCCCAAUCUGAAGGAGAUUUUGCCUGAAGGGUUCUUGCAGCGUACAGAAGGAAGAGGAAUGGUAUGUGGUUGGGCUCCUCAAGUUGAAGUCCUUGCCCACAAAUCCAUCGGAGGCUUUUUAUCACACUGCGGAUGGAACUCGAUUCUUGAGAGCUUAUGGUAUGGGGUGCCCAUUUUGACAUGGCCAAUGCACGGAGAGCAACAAAUGAAUGCAUUUCAGAUGGUGAAAGAUUUGGGGUUAGCAGUGGAGAUGAGAUUAGACUAUAAGCUGGGCGAGAGUGAUGCGGUGAUGGCAGAUGAAAUUGGCAAAGCUCUAAAUUGCUUGAUGGAUGGGGACAGCGAGGUGCGGAAGAGGGUGAAAAAGAUGAGUGAAAUGAGCCGGAAAGCUGUGAAGAAUAGCAAUGGGUCUUCGUUCACUUCGUUUGCGCGCUUAAUUGACUUGUUUUUGAUGGGUAACGCCAACAAGCCUUGAGUGUACGUUAUUUUAACUAAUAAUAUUUAUCCAGUUCAACUUAAUUAAUUUCUGUAGAUCAUACUUAAAAAGUGUCAUGAUAGUCAAAUCUCAGUUCAUGCAAUUCCUUUUCUUAUCUAAACUACAGCCUUCUUUUAUUAAAAAAAAACUAAUAACAGUUUUUCUCCAAGGGUCUCUUCCAAGCCCCCAGAGUUUUGGUGUCAAGUAAAAGAUGUCCACUGCACUGAAAUGUUUCACCUUGGUGGUGGGAUAAUGUGAAUAGAUGUAGUACGUGCAUGAUUGCUUCUAUUAGGUGAAUCAAUUGGAGAAUCUUGCAUUCGUUUUAUGGUCAGGGGUUGCUAUUUUCUAUGUUUUCCUUUGCUACUUGAGAUGGCUUGUUUGUAUUGGGGUAAAUUAAAUUGUGUAAUUCGUUGAAGUAGAUCAAUGGAAAUAAUUAUAUAUAUAUUAUGGCAUUCGUCGAGAAAUUUAUAGUGUCGCCAAUAAUACUUUUAUCAAUUUCUUUGUA